CCCAGGAAACGAAUAACACAGCAUUUCUGUCCAACUCAGACACACGACUCCAAUUACUCUAUUUUGUAGACUUCCCUGUUUGAAGGGGUUUUUAUUUUAUUUGUAGCAGCUGUUAUAAUUGUUGUUAUAUUUUGGUACGUCCAUCGCACCAGAGGACAGCAUCACAUUUUUUCCCCCGGUGGAAGAAGGUCCAGUUUCUCCGCCUGGGAUUGGGAUUUCACAGUAAACUGAGCAUCAUUUUGAGCAUUUUGAACACAUUCCGUUUUUGACUUGGACUGGAGUCCGUUUUGUUCGUCCGAGUGGCUAAAUGAUGGCUACUCUACCAGGAACGAUGCCUCGGAUGAUGCGCCCUGCGCCGGGCCAGAACUACCCCCGGACCGGCUUCCCCCUGGAAGUAUCCACCCCCCUGGGCCAGGGUAGGGUGAACCAGCUUGGCGGUGUGUUCAUCAACGGGAGGCCCCUGCCAAAUCACAUCCGACACAAGAUAGUGGAGAUGGCACACCACGGCAUCCGACCCUGCGUGAUCUCGCGACAACUGCGAGUUUCUCACGGUUGUGUCUCCAAGAUUCUUUGCCGAUACCAAGAGACCGGCUCCAUCCGCCCGGGAGCCAUAGGAGGCAGCAAGCCCAGGCAGGUGGCAACUCCUGACGUGGAGAAGCGAAUCGAGGAGUACAAGAGAGAAAACCCCGGCAUGUUCAGCUGGGAGAUCCGGGAUAAGCUGCUGAAGGACGGGGUGUGCGACAGAAGCACAGUUCCUUCAGGUGAGGCUUCAUCUGUGAGCUCCAUCAGCCGCGUUUUGAGGGCCCGAUUUGGCAAAAAAGAUGACGAGGAUGACUGUGAUAAGAAGGAUGAAGAUGGAGAAAAGAAAACAAAGCAUAGCAUCGAUGGCAUCCUCGGUGAUAAAUCUAACCGCACAGACGAAGGUUCAGAUGUAGAUUCGGAGCCAGACCUGCCCCUAAAGAGGAAGCAGAGACGCAGUCGCACCACCUUCACCGCUGAGCAGCUGGAGGAGCUGGAGAAGGCCUUUGAAAGGACACAUUAUCCAGACAUCUACACCAGAGAGGAGCUGGCUCAGAGGACAAAACUCACAGAGGCCAGAGUACAGGUGUGGUUUAGCAACAGGCGAGCUCGAUGGCGCAAACAGGCCGGGGCCAAUCAGCUAGCGGCCUUCAACCACCUGCUUCCUGGAGGAUUCCCACCCACAGGGAUGCCAACUUUACCCACAUACCAGCUACAAGAUUCCGGCUACCCCGGGACCACGCUAUCGCAGGAGGGCGGCAGUACUUUGCACAGACCCCAGCCCCUGCCCCCAUCCUCCAUGCACCAGGGAGGCCUGACUGCUGACAGCAGCUCUGCUUAUGGUCUUUCGUCCAAUCGCCACAGCUUCUCCAGCUACUCCGAUACUUUCAUGAGCCCUUCAGCCUCCAGCAACCACAUGAACUCUGUGGGCAACGGGCUCUCCCCACAGGUGAUGAGUAUCCUGAGUAACCCCAGCGCUGUAUCCUCCCAGCCCCAGCACGACUUUUCCAUUUCCCCCCUGCACGGUAGCCUGGAAAGCUCCAACCCCAUCUCUGCCAGCUGCAGCCAGCGCUCUGACAGCAUCAAGGACAGCCUGGCUUCCUCCCAGUCAUACUGCCCCCCCACCUACAGCGCCACCAGCUACAGCGUGGACCCCGUCACUGCAGGCUACCAGUACAGCCAGUACGGCCAGACUGCUGUGGACUACCUGGCCAAGAACGUGAGCUUGUCUACCCAGAGGAGGAUGAAACUUGGAGACCACUCGGCCGUGCUUGGACUGCUGCAGGUGGAGACAGGACAGGCCUACUAA